AGGUUGACAGGGCAAUAGGUGGUUAUGUUGCAACAACAGCUGUGGAGAAAAUGCUUGAAAUAAACGGAAUGUUGGAAAACAUCGCAUCAACAUGCAGCGCAAAAGUAGAAUCAGAAUAUAAACUCUGCGAAGCAUGUACUGAGUUGAGUACGAAGACAUGUAACCCACCGCCAAACCCUUUAAAAGAAUUGUCAGUUCUUAUUUUCUCGUCUUACGUUCUAACGGUGUCUGCCACUGAAGUCAUAGUGUCGAAGGCUUCAAAAGCUCUUGAUCGGUUCGGUAAAGAUAGUUAGAAAUACCUUGAAACUGUUGGUAAAACGGCAGAAAAACUAGGAAAAUCUGUUCUUAGAGGUGGAGACAGAUUGUUUAAAUCGACUGGAAAAAAACUGAAAGAAAUGGGAAAAAGAUUAGAAGACGUUUCAAAAGAUUUAUUAAAAAAAAGUACAAAAGGACUAACACAUAUAUCUAAGCAAAUUGCUACAGGUAUUAAAGAUACGUUAAAAGGCCUUAAGAAAACAACUAGGCCACUCAUAAAAGGAACUGUUAAAAUUUUGAAUACUGUUGGAAAAACUGCAGGAAAAGCUGUCAAGGAUUUGGGCAAGGGUAUCUCUAAAACGUUAUCAAAUACAGCCAAAUUAGUAGGAGGUGCUGUAAGGAGAAUACUUAACACUCGACUACCUCGGAUAUCUUACCGUCUUCCACGAGUACGACUUCCUCGGGUAUCUUUUCGUGCUCCACGCAUACAUGUACGACUUCCUCGAGUAUCCUUUCGUGGUCCAAGGUUUGGUCGUCGCUGGGGGAAAAAACGAGAUACAAAAAUAGUGCGUGAUAUGAGUUGUUCGUGUACUAUGUGUGACCCUUUCGAGGAAGGAGUUUCUGAAACGGAAAUGACAAAAAGAGUGUGUGGAUCCAGUUAUUUCUCAAAUCAAGCUAAUCUCGAUUCGGAGUUUAAUGAUUUAAGCAACUUGCAUGAUUUUACAGUUAAUAAUCAACUUGUUACAAAGAUUGUUAUGGAGCUGUCGUCUUUAGAAAAGAUAAACAGCGAGUAUUACCUAUCCGAUUCAAAAAUAACGUUUUUAGCUCCAAACGGAAGGGAAUUAAAUGUAGAGAUGACUAAAGGAAUGCCGUUUGCUGGAUUGACGCCUUUAAAUACUACAGAAAUUGCGAGUAUAGAAGGGCCAAAAGUUUUUAAGUUACUGAAAAUGAAUCCUUGAAAGCUUCAUUAAAACUGCAUAAUGCUAACAUGA